AAUCCCUCGCUCUCUUUCUCUCUCUUCCUCGCUUCGUCUCCUCCCGUCUCGUUCCACAAGCGCGCAUCUUCUCGAGCAAGACGUAUCGACGCGGAUUUUUUUCCGCGUCAGUCAUUUAUCAAAGCCCUUCGUUCUCUCCGCCCGCCGCCUCCUUCCUUCGAUACACACGAACGUACACCAGGAUUUAGGCAAGGAAACGAGAGAAAUUUCGCUACCUUUCGCAACGUUUCACCCACGAACUUCAAUCUUGCCUUGCGUUCGCCCAGAAAGCUUCUCCGGUUAUUCGAUUCGCUAAGGUUCGCGAAUUCGACAUUAAGAAAAAGUAACGAAGCUAUGAGGGGUUAGCACUCUUUAAAAAAGACGCGAAUUUCGAAGCUCGUGGAAAAGUGAAAGAUCUACCUUGUAAUCGCAGCUGCGAUUCCGCGUCACGGUUCCUAGAUUGCGUAAAGUUCGAAAGUAGGCGCGCGAGCUUUUGUUGUCUUCGUAUAUUGCGUUAGUCGAGUGUAACUCGAAGAGAGGAUAGAGAACUAAAGACGAGGCGAGAGAAAGAAAGACGACGAGGUCAGCAAAUCGGGUCAACCCACGCUGACUUUCAUAAAUAUUUCCUACGAGGCCAGUCAGCUCGCUUUCGAGUUACGUCGAGGGUAUCUUCCGUGCCGAUUUUCCCGGAAGCUUAUUGUAACGUAUUUCGCGACGCGUGUUAUUUACGCGACCUCGAGAUCAAGGACGCCGCUACCGCGGACGAUUUCUGCAUCUCAAUGAACGCCUCCACCAUUCAUCUUCGUCGUUCGUCUACGUUUGUCGAUAUGUCGUUACGAUUCGUCACCGCAUGCGGCUGCGGAUGACGCGAUAUCGACGACGGACUUUAAAUUUUAUCGAAAGACGAAGCAGAGAAGAGCCUCGACGUAUCCGAAGCAAGAAUCAAGUACUCCAAAGCUGGAGCUAGGAGAAUCGAUCGGACGAGACAGUUUGUGACAGAAAUCUUUACAGUCUGAUGCGAUUCGAUAACAUAAAAGAACCGUAAAAUAACGCUUAUUCCACUUCAAUGGGAAGUAUAGCGUUUGCUAAGUAUGGUUAUUAAUGUUCUCGAUGCGAAAUGACUGAUUAACAGGGAGUAAGAAACAAUUUGAAAACAUCAAAAAUGGAACACGAGUACGACAUAAAAGCGUCGUGAAGCUACUCUCGAACGAAGAUGCAUGUAUCUCGAUACCUUACCUGUAGCGUUGGUACGUUCGUACCUCUGUCCCGCAAAUAUUUGCCCGCAUGUCAGCGGUCGUCUUUCGCCGCUCCUUGUCGUCGACGGAGGACGAUCGUUAAGGCGUCGUUAGGAAAUUGAACCGGUCGUCUAUUCGCCGAGCAAACAUUGUAUUUCUCGCUCGAUUAAAAGCCGCCCUCGUUAUACCGACGCGUGUAUUCUAUUUAUCGUGCGCGUGUCAUUGUUAUUUUUAUAGGACGUAUCCGCGCCCCUUUCUCUGCUUACCGUAAUUAAUGAAUUAAACUGGAGCGCGAUGUUUCUACCGAUCUGUUCCCUCGAUCGAUCAGCGAUGCCUUCUUUCCUUUCAUGGGCUACAUUUAUCGAUAUGAACGAGACUGCUACGGGUCGCUCUCGGACGAGUAGCUAUCGGCGCAAUACUCACUCGCACGAAAUACUCUCGACAGCUACUCGCGCGAGUUUUACUAUGGAACCCUUCGUGAGCACUCGGUAAAAAUCGGACCUGUACCGAAGGAUCAAUCGGCUGGCAAACUGGCCGCGACGACUUCCCCUUUCGUCUCGGAACCACCUAGUCCCUACACUCUUAUUCAAUAUGGCCCGGACCUUCCUUACUAAAAUUCUAAGCAACCGUUCCCCAGUAUCCGGUGUGCUGCGACCUCGCUACGAUAAACACUCGCGAAUUUUUCACCGAUUAAAAAACCUCGAUAGUAUCGAUCGGAGACAUAUAUCUGACCGUUUGAUAAACAUCUGGAUGUCGAUAUCGCUCGAAUGAUAACGAAAAUUAAAUUUGACAAUCGUUAAAUACGCGCGAGAGACAAUCGACGAGCAAAGAAAGAUGUCGAUGAAUGAGCAUCGAAAGCAAAAAUCGGAUAAUGGCCCUUGCUGCUCGAACGCGUUCGUCGAGCAACAGCAGGUCAAUGAACUUCCGAACGUGACCAUCGAGUUCGUGAAGGUGCUGGAACGAGCUGCGAGCUCCGAAGAAUUCGGAUAUUGAGGUAGGUACGGGCUGGACGGAGACAGAACAGGAAGAAAAAGAAGCGCGGAGAGCGGAGCCGAAGAAAAGAAGAAAAAAUAGAAUGAAAUAGAAAAACGGGGGAACUGUAUGCGAGAGUCACCGAAUUGAAUACCAAAGUCGGGUCGAAAAGUCACCAGGAAAAGAUCUGACUGCGUAUUGAGUCGAUAGUUCGUACUUUGCUCGAAGCGUCGUCUUUUUUCCUUUCGGGGAUAAAUCGUCUUCAGUUCACAAACUUCUUACGAUUGGUUCAAACGUGUUUGAGAUCGAGCGACCCUAGUGAUCGAAGAACGGAUCGAACAUGAACAUGGUCGAGGAAUACGUGAACGCUAGCAAGCCCCAGUUUCUCGAUGCUCUCGACAUAAUAGAAGAAUUCGAGAAAGAGAUGUCGGAGAUGAAAGGCGUGUGCAUAGACAUCGGGUGCGGACCCGGAGACGUAACCAAACGGCUGAUUCUUCCGAGAUUGUCGCAGGAUGCAGAAUUAGUUGGGGCAGACAUAUCGAAAGCGAUGAUCGAGCACGCGAGGCAAAAGUACCGCGACGAGAAACGCUUAUUGUUCUUGCAGUUGGAUAUCGAAGCCACCGUUUUGCCUAACGAAGCGAUUGGACGAUACAGCAAUGCGUUAUCGUUUUAUUGUUUCCAUUGGUGCCACAAUACUUGGCGAGCUUUCGAGAACGUGUACAAGCUGUUGCGACCAGGAGGGAAGGCACUGAUCAUGUUCCUAGCUUGGAACAACGGGUUCGACGCUUACACGAAGCUGCACGAAAAUCCUCGAUACAAACCGUACAUGGAGGACGCGGAUCGCUUCAUCCCCUUUUUCCAACGAUACAAGGACUCGCGGGCAGCCCUCAGGAAGAUGCUGGAAAGCAUCGGCUUCAAGAUUCUGCACUGCAGCAAAAGAGAAAAGAGCUUCGUUUACCAGAACAUGCAAAUAUUAAAAAAUCAUACGAUAGCCGUUAAUCCGUUCAUCUCGCGAAUCCCUGACCACCUGAAGCAGGAGUUCGAGGACGCGAUGGUGCGCGAAGUAGCCAAUCGUAAGAUUCUGUUUUCGAACAAAACCGACAACGGCGGACAGGAGUACAGUAUCUUGGACAGGUAUCACAUUCUCGUGGCGUAUAUACAAAAACCCAUGGAUACAUGCUGAGGAAUUUCAUUCGCCUGACGCGAUCGAGCGAACAAACAGAAAUUUUAUUAUACUUUGAAAAAAGAAUUGUUAUCGUUCUGUAAUAAAAGAUUUUGACCGUUCAUUUUAUUCAUUUUUUUAUCCAUAGUUACCCGCUCAAGGAUCGCGAUUCAAUAAUAGGGAAUUCAGGGUAAAAUAACAGCAAAACGUGUCUACAACACUAAACUUUAUUGUACACUAUAUCUUUGAUUUUACAAUACGGUACAGCCAUUUAUAGAAUAUCGUUAAAACUCAUAUAUCGUCGAUACGGGUAUGAUAACUGGGUCUCGUUAUUUUUUCCUUUAAUUCGUGCUGCUUAUUCGUAACAGGGAGUAACAAUAUUUUCUAUAACGCUUUUGCCUAAAAAAGUACACCCAAAAUCGGUUGAAAACCGAUCGACAUCGAUUGUUUCGGUACCCUGACGUUUCUUCGAGGUCCGAGCAACCGAAUCGCGACACCGAAACGAGAAGAAUAUCUCGACGACUAGGUUGUCCCUUUUUUCCUCAAAAGGAUAACGGAAGUUUAAAUAAUUCGACCAGUUCCGAGGAUAUUCUUCUUAGUUUCGGGCAAAGAACGCUAAAUGCUACGAUCCGUCGACGAAAGCGGUACCGAAACCCUAAAAUGGAAGCAACUCGAGAUCGUAACGCGUUUCGAAAACUCUCGUUCCACGAGGAACAGAAGCAACAACGAAAGCGUCGUCUCGCGCACGGAACCUUCGUAAUUCGAGGCUACUACGUCUUUCCUAAAUCGAAGAACGAUACACCUAAAACACGUAGCUGUCCAAGCAGGAAAAAAAAUAAUGUAAAUGCGUCGAAAUCGAAUAAAUAUUCCGAAAUGUCGAGAAAAAACAGUCCGAUCGUGGGAACGAGUUGUGGCUCGGGAGUCGUUGACCACCCGAUCAGGAAGAAAAGGCGAGGUGUACACGUAUAAAAAACGGCUCAAAAAAUCCUUAUCGUUACGGAAGAUCUGUGCGGACUCGCAAUCAAUUUGCGACAACGGAGGACGAGCUUUUGGAGGAGGGUGUGCAUCGUGUCUCUCGAAGAAACACCGUGAGGACACGUCGACAUACGUUCAUGCAUACACGCAUUCUCGCAAUAAACAAACACGAAAAUCAAAAGAAAAUAUAUAACCAUGCGAAUCCAUUUUUCACCAAAUAAGAUGCCAUUGAGAUUCUGCGAAAUUGACCUCCGUCGUUUCGUUCGUAAGAUCGAACGAGCAUGUGCGAAAUUACUGUACAACGAAUGCAGAUUUCGUUAGUGAGAAAUUCAAUGAAUCACAGAUAUAAGUUUCGAUUAAAAUUGGCGUGUCGAUACGCGUAUACCGUUACGUUCCCAGCUAGUAGAACUUCAAAUCAAACGUUCCUCUUCCCAUUUUGGCUCAGUGAUAUCGUUACGUAUCGAGUUAUUAAGAGUUAAUGUUAUUUUAAAAGGAACUUCUAGUUCGAAAUUUUAUUCUCUUUCACCCCCGAAAUUAUGUGUCACUCCAUGUAAAUUAAUUUUGAAAGAUCGUUAUACAGAUAGUAAAAAAAACCUACAAGAAACUGUGCCGAAUUACAUCGCUGGCGAAGCAAAUAAAAUGCAACCAAUAUCGAAGAGAGGAGGUCUAUGAGAAUUUUUUGUGCGCAGCAACAAAAAUUUCCUAGCAGUCCAGGUUUCUGUUAUAUUCGUUUCGAAUCACUCUGUAUGUAACGAAGAAUAACGAAAGAGUAACUUCUUGUAGAAAAUGAAAUUGCUACGCUAAAUCAAUUGACGAGAACAGCGUUGAGACGCGCAUAAAGUAGCUUAAAAUAUGUAUCGGCGAAAAAUCUUGAAAGGAACGUUACAACGAGUAAUCCCUCCGGUCGGCGGGAUCUAAUGUGGAAGCGACUCGUAAAUUACGGUUAAUAGGUACGCACGGUUUUUUGUACGGGCAAUUAACAAUAACCGUUCACGAGCGAAGGGAGCGUAGGGAGCGAGAGCGUGGUAGAAGCUCGUGGACAACGAAAGGACGAAACCCUCAAUUUUCUCGGUGCGUUGCGUGACAGUAACCGAGGAAGGAAUCGACCGUGUUGGAAGCCGAGGGAAAACAAACUGUCCGCGACACACACCGCGUGUCGUUCUAAUUUGCACAAGGAAAACGUGUUCCGUUAAUCGUUUGCAAAUAUUUCGCGAGUCGAUCGAUGUCACACCCCAUCCCUUUGCUUCUUAUUACCGGACAUUCAUACGUAAACGAGAACGAUAACCAAGUACAAUGUUUAUUGCAAAUGUAUCUGAUCGUUCCGGUUCAAAUUAUUAUCGACGACGAAAAGUAACAUAAAAAUAUGGAAUAAAUACAAUUGAAAUAUGACGGCCGACUGUUGAAAUAUCUGAAGGAGAGGAGAUCACUGUUUAGUGUCCUCGCGUUGGACGAUCGAGAAUUAGUUUCGAUCGGAAGGCAAGAGAAUCUUGAACAAUUGGCAAGACUUAAAGGCCUACGACGCAACAAUAAAAUCGAUAGAAAUAGAUGUCGACUCGACUCUCGUUGCAACGGAAACGGGAGUGAUUGAGCAAAAUCGGAGGAACGCUCGUAGAAAGAAGAAACGACACGGAAGCGGUCGGUCGAUCGUAGAAUGAAAAUGGCACCGUCUCGGAACCGAAAGAGAACACGUUCGGACGAAAAAACGACGACCAGUAUAAGAUAGGUACAGAAACGAAUUCGACGGAGAAUGAAAAUCACAUUGAAACAUCGAAGAAGUAUUCGAAGCAUCGAAGAAUUGACAGACUUGACGAUCUGAAGGAGCGAAGAAGCUCUGCCGCUCUCGCGUGCUCGUUUACGUGUAUUUCUUGUUUAGAAAAAGAGCCCACCGAGGUACAACGUUGGACCGACAGAAGAAUCGAGUCAGGUACGAAGAAUCGUUGUUAAAAAAGAACCUUGUUUCGCACGGAUGCCGAAGAGAUUCAUGGUAGAAAAUGAUCUAUCUCGCGACUCUAACCGCGAUCGUUUACGUAAGUUGACAAUUUUACUCGCCUCAGCGACGAAAAGUCUUCGCGAAGACGGAUCAUGGUUUUGACGAAGAAAGUCCUCGGAUUUUAACGAAUUCCUGCACGCUCUAUAACGAAUGUCUCUCUAUACGUUAGAAGAAUAUGCAUCUGUUAGACAAUAUUUUUACACGUACAAUCAACGAAAUAUCGGCGAGAUCUAAACUAUUUGAUGUCCGCGUUCCGAACCGUAUGCCUGAAAAUUCGCGACAGCGCAAACUAUCGGUGUAGAAAACAGGAGAUCGUUAAAACCCGAGAAUAUCGGUUCAAAAGCUCUGCUCGUGACGAGAAGAUCGGCGGGCAAUUGAAUUUCGAAAGGAACGUGAGCGACGCCAGACCGUCACGAUCGUCGAUAGGCCGUUUUCAUAAAACUAUAUCUACGACUUAUAACUGUUUCUUUUACACGCACGCGUGUACUCUUUUACACGCACGCGUGUACUCUUUUCGCGUAAUACGCAAGAAGUACACGCUAAUAUUCGCACGCAAUCGAUUUUUGUUAUUUCUUUUUUUUUGGCAAUCGAUUUCCACGACCACGCGUCGCGUACAGGUAACGCAAAUGCUAGUCCUCGCCGUUAGCUCUACGAAACAACGACUAUACGCUAGUACUGCCACUUUUUUCGCUAAUCUACCGUUAACAACAUCAACAGCAACAACACAUAAUAUAUCAACAUGAAUAUAAUAUCUGUCCUCGGAAUCUAGCUUCUUUUCCUUUAUACUUAUACGUUAGGUACGUGUGUAAUAUACAUAAUUCGCGCACGCUGUUCGUAUACAGGAUGCGACGGAAUUUAUUGAUACGAGAGAGAUGAUGAUAGGUUGAGAUUGUGGAACCAAUUUCUUUUGUUCGGCUUUCUUUUUUACACGAACAAGUCGACGUAUGAUCAUUUCGUGUUUCAAAAGUUUAUGCUUCGUUAGACGUGUUAAUUUUUUAAUUUCUUCCUCUUCCCUUAAGAAGGAAGGAAAUAGGAUAGUAAACCUUCGAGGAUUUUUAUUUUAGUCGUUUAAUUAUAAGUGAUAUAUUAAAAAAUUUUAAUUCCGAUAAAACAAAGCUCGAGACGAAAGCAACUUAAAUUGUAGGAGAUUUAAGGAUAUAGUGUUACGGGGAUGUUAAGGAUCUAGGGAUGUAGAAAUUUAGUCUCGCUCUCUCUUUCACGCACACAGACACGCGCUCACAUUUUGCUUUUGUAGUACAUAUAGAUCUUCGUAAAAUACUGUUAACUAUCAUCACACCGCACUAAUACCAAUUUCGCCGCACCCUGUACAUUACAGGAAUAUAGGAAGAGGACGAAACCGUGUUCGUCCUGAGCGAAUGCGCGAUUACCCGCGCAGAAAAAAUAUUUAAGGGAAAUGCAUCGUGUGACACGAGUUUGACAAGAAAUUUUUCAAAGUUUCUCGUGCAACGGAAGAAGGAAUUCGUCGAGAGACCAGAGAUGUUUAUUCGAACGACAAUUAACAAACGAUCGUUCGGAAAUGUUUCGCUCUCGACUGCAAGCGCUUGAAAAAUAAUUCACAACCACGUAUCGCCUGUCGAGUAUCUUAUAAAGUUACACGCUUGCGACAAAUCGUACUCGUUGAUGUCGCGAACGUAAGCGAUGCAUUGUCGUGAUUUUUAACCCUAGAGUGGUCGCGCGGAUGACAUUAAUCAUCCAUAUUCAAAAACUAGUAAUAUGUAUUUGUGUACUUCACAUAUGGAAAAAAUCACGUGCAAAAAUCUAAUGUGUUAGGUUGGUAACUAAAUUCGCGAUUUUUCUUGUAAGUGAUGGCUCACUGUAUUUUUAGUCAUUUCCAGAUUCUGAAACUUAAAUUUCUAAAAGAUAUAGAAUAUACAGGAAACCAGAAGACUUGGCCCAGCUUAAAUAAAAUCCUAAAUAUGCUAAUAAGUGCAUACGUCUACAUAAUCGAACGAAUUAAUUGCCAACCUAACAACAUAUAUCUUCGGCAAGUCGGGUAUAUUAAAGACGCACAGUUCUUUUUAAAAUGGAUAAUGCUCAUCAUCCACGCGACCGCUUACGUUACAUUUAUAGACGCGACCACUGCAGGGUUAAACGAUCGGGAAAAACAUCGACACACGUAUAAUCUGUAUACGAACGUUUACGAUAUACAGAGAUUGUGUAUGUGUAUGUGUGUGUGUUGUGUGCGUACGUGUAUGUAUGCAUGUAUAUAUAAACUUCCGAUAAUCUUGUACGACUUAGCAUAAAUGGUACUAUUGAUUUCCCUCGCGUUUGAACGCUAAAGGUAGUUUCUUCCAUCGACUAUCGCUACUUAAUUUAAAUAUACCCGCGCGCGCUUACACUUACACUUAUCUCAUCUUUUAAUAGAUUAUCACUGCGCUUUCCUCUUGGUUAAAAUGUUCUCAUCAAUCGAGUCCACCGCUACGUGAGACAUCAUUCUUUUUUCUCUUCAUCCUUCGUUAGAAUGGAAGAUGGUAACUUUGUAGCGAAAAUGUGAUCGCGAAUAAAACAAGGAAUAUUGGUAACUCAUCGUGUACGAUCGUUUCAUCCGGAUGGACGCUUAAAACUAUACCCUUGGAGGAAUCUCUUUUUUUUUAACCCGUGCAUUAAUCUUUCAAACGCCGCGUACCAGUUUGUAAAUAUUUUACAAGUUAUGACAAAUUAUACGUAAGGAACUUUCUAUUGCCAAUACAAUAACUACAACACCUACGAUCGUUUUUAUAAUAAGGGUCAUUAAGAUACUUCUAGAGUUCUGUUUGAAAAGAACACGAGAAUGAAUAAAGAAUUCCAAUUGAUAAUGGAAAUAUUAACGUAAGGGCUAAUACUAUCUAACGCUAAUAAGCAGUGGCGCAUUUUAUUUUGCGAGGGCUUGGUCGGAAAAAGUUUUUGCAACUUCUCCAAAACAUAGAAAAGAUGAUCAAACGUUUGUAAUUAAAAAUUUUAGAACUUCUGCUACGAUAAAAAUUCAACACUGUUAGUAGUCUCUUUCGUUAGGAUAGAUGCAUACUUUUUUCCAAUUUAAAAUGCAGUGUGCCUUGUGCUUACAAUUAAACAAUUAUUGACAACUCACAGCUUCAACAGAAUCACUCGAUCGUUCAAUUCAUUAUCGAAAUACGUCUCGAUGAACCACGUAAAUCACGGAAUUAAAUACUGUUAUUUGUUACGAAUUACGUAAAACCUUAAUAUCACGUGUAAGAAACUACGAGGCUGCACAUUCCGCCGCAGUUUCUCUUUAUAUCACUAUGUAAAUAAUAAUAAUACCAAUUAGACGUUUCAAAUAUUUCUUUUCUGUUGGUUUCAAAUAUAUUGCAACUAACCCCUAUUAGCUUAAAAUUCUUACUCCGAACACCUCAACCGACACAAAA